AUGUAUAGGACGGGGUAUAGGAGUGUAUUACUUUUAAGUAAAUUUUCUUUUCUUUGCUCUCUCACUGCAGAAGCUGCAAACAUCAUCUAUCAGACCAAGCAGAAGAAUAAAUCAAAAAAAUAUUCGGAAUUGCCGUUCGAAGUGAACAAAUCUACCGGAGAAUUGCGAGUAUCACGUCCGCUUAUACCAGGGGCAUACACGAUCAACUUCCUUGGCUAUGCCAGAGACAAGAGACAACCAAAGAACAAAGCUAUCACCAAAGUCAAGGUCCGAGUCGUCAACGUCGGUAACUUCCGCUUUCUUUCAAAAAGGUUUAACGGGAGUAUAGAGGAAAAUACUGUAGGUGAGGUUAAUGCAACAUUAAAAGUACGGAAUGCCAAGAAUGGCAUACCCGUUAGGUAUGCUUUAAGAAAUGUCACACCUGAUGACGGGUUUGGAUACUUCGGGAUCAAUGUCAGCACUGGAAAUGUGUGGGCGUUUCGCAGUUUAGACCGAGAGUAUCAAAGCCGUUAUGAACUCACUGUCGUAGCCAUCUGUGGCGAAGAGCAGGACGAAGCUAAUCUAGUUCUAAAUGUCUUAGAUGUGAACGAUAAUCCUCCUAGAUUCCCGUAUGAUAUUCUUCGAAUGUACGUAUAUGAGAAUGUGAAUGUUUCGAUCUCCGGAGAAACUGUGGUGAAUGCCAGUGACAUAGACGAAGGGCAGAACGCAGUGGUGAGGUACAGGAUCUUACAAGGCGCCAGAGGUAUUAUUAAAGUCGAACCAUACAGCGGCCAACUGUACAACAGGAUACACAUCGACUAUGAACGGGUGAAGAAGUUUCGCUUGAUUAUAGCUGCCUACUCCGGUACACUCUUCACAACAGUCCGUGUAUUCAUCCACGUCAUUGACCGCAAUGACAACGCUCCGGAAGUGCCAAACUUCGAGGUCUUCUACAACGGUCUUCCAGAUGAUAUCCUCUCAGGUACGGAGUUGGCGCGUAUUCCCGCUCGUGAUAUCGACAGUGAAGGAAAACUUCGUUUUGUCAUCCUAGGUGAUGCUGACGAACAGGCGACGGACAACCAAGUGACCGGGAAGAAUGAUCUGCUUCAAGUGGAUAGUUUGACCGGAACUCUGAGGUUCAAACCAAAGGUUCAUCGCCUUGAAGUCUCAGAGGAGAACCAGGGCAACACUGAGGUGACGGUUUUUGUCAGUGAUGGCGUUCAUGGCCGUACGGCAAGAUGUCGUCUGGAACUCACCAGUGUCUCAGAAGCAAUGAUAGCAAACAGCGUCAGUGUCCGGAUACCAGGUGUGACACAAGACGAGUUUCUUCAGUCUGGUGGUAUAGGUAAACUUCGCAUGGCGCUGAGCGAGCUCCUAGAUGCUCAUAAACUCAACAUAUUCAACAUCCGAGAAAUGACCGACGACGGAGGAUCCAUUGUGAAUAUAUCCUUUUCAGCACGCAAUAGUGAGAACCGAUUCCUUUCACCUCGGCAAAUAGUAGACACAAUCUACUUCAAACGCGACCAGUUACAGCUUCUGUGCGGCCUCUUGGUUAUACCGGCCGAAGACGAUAGGUGUCUGUAUGAGACAUGCGGUGGGUAUCAGAGAUGUAUGAGCAGAAAAACACAUACAGGAGGAUCGUCGGUGUCUUCAAGGAACAGUAAAAGUUCAGUGACCUUUCAUGGAAUUAAUCCAUCAGUGGUGCAAUGGUGUGAGUGUCCUGAUCCUCACACGAAUAACAACUGUUCAGAACCACUCGACUUUUGCCACUCUAAACCCUGUACUAAUGGAGGAACAUGCGAGAGGACAGAUGACGGCUACGUCUGUAUUUGUCCACGGGGAUUCGCAGGGACCAACUGUGAAGUGGACUUUGAGAGAGGUCAGUGCUUCGAUGGAGCCUGUAAACAUCACGGCUUCUGUGAGAACCAAAGGAACGGAGGCUUCAAGUGCUACUGUCGCGUUGGUUUUGAUGGUGCGCGAUGUGAGAUGACAGCAAGGCAUUUUCCUUCCGGAGCUUACAUGGCUUUCCCGACCAUCACGCAUAGAUCAUAUAUGAUUCUGUCACUAAAUUUCUCAACUCUGCAAACAGACGGAAUGAUCAUGUAUAUUGGUCGUUAUUCUCAUCAACAUGACUUCCUAGCUCUCGAGAUCAUCGGGUCGCAAGUAGCCUUUUCCUUCGCCGUGGGUCGGCUGAUCAUGAGGGUGAUGGUCGGAGUACCAGGAGGUGUCAGUGAUGGUAACUGGCAUAUCAUUAAACUAGAGUACAGAGACAAGAUUGUAGAGGUACUCCUUGAUCAUUGUGCAACAGGUGGUGAGCCAUCUACGUCAGAAGAUGAAGAACUCAGUAAUGAUCCAUGCAUAGCGUUUGCUACACAAGCUGUCGAUGUAACAACAUGGUUUCUUGAUGUGAACACUCCCCUGUUAGUAGGCAGCUUACCUACACAGCAACAGGAAACACGAAUACUAAACAAGGAUUUUGUCGGUUGUAUUAAAGAUGUUAUGAUUAAUAAUCGAAUGUUAGACUUUGCAGAGAGUUUGUUCGACCACCACACGGAACCAGGGUGUCCAAUAUCAAGAUAUCGGUGAAAUUGGACAUAAGAUAUGAACAUGUUAUAGCACACGCUUCAUGACAUAACACUCGCUUCAGAGUGUUUAACAUUCUGUGAGCCGUGAUGGUCCGUUGCAAAGGCCACCCUUUAAAACAUCAUCACUUUAUGCCAUCCUCAAUCCAGGGAUACAUGCACACUCUAAAAACAAAACAGAGAGUAACAAUUAACUCAAUAUUCGGUAAAAAGGAAACAUGCAUGUUUGCUGGGUAAUUUUUUUCUUCCAAUAUUGGGCAAAAUGCAUGUUUGAAGGGUAAUUUUCAACGCAAAAUUGCGUAAAAUUAAAAAAAAAUUUUGGUAUCUUUUUACCCAAUAAACAUGCAUGUUCCCAUUUUACCCAAUAUUGGGUAAACUUUUUUUUUAGAGUGCAAGUAUUUCAUGAAGCUGUUCGUAAAUCAUGAAAUUACGUACGUCUGGAAUAUGUUCUCGGUAGUAAGUCAGCUAAAUAGGUAUAUAUCACCUAACACAAGAACAUGUCACCAGUCGUGCUUACAGUCAUGUGUAGCUUUAUGAAACCGCCACUGGCAUUCUUUGAUUGGUUUAAUUUGAGCAAUAUACAUGAUAUGUGUAUAUAAUCACCAGGUUAUAUCGUUGUUUCACAAGUAGUUUUGGGACGAUUCCUUGCACAUUAUUUCAUACUAAUGCGUAUUGUAAAUUGAGCAAUUUUAGUAAGGGGAAUUCGAAACAAAAGAACCCAAUCCUACCAAAUUUUGUUUAUGCACUGCCCAGAUAGUUCUAAGCAGUAAUUUGGCUAAAAAGUGAGAAAAACCCAAUGUAAUACGCUAUUUAACUCUUCAUAGCCUAGGAAUUUAUGAAUAAAAAAAAGUUGUAAACACAAUGGGCUAGUUCUAGUAUUUGAAAAGGGGAAGAAAUAGAAAAUGGUUAGAUGUGAUUGUGGUCCGAAUGGUCACAUUAUUUAUAUUGUGAAAUGCCAUUGUGGCACUUGUGUGAUUUCAGCUUAUUGAUGCAACAGCUACACCAACAAAACAGACUCCAGAACGAUCCAAGCUAUUACGUUAUUACCAAUGACAAACAAUCGCUCGGUUUCGGUUGCAGCCACACCAACGAAACCGACUUCAAACCGAUCCAAGCUAUUACGUUACUACCAAUGACAAACAAUCGGUCGGUUUGGAGUCGAUUUCGGUUGCAGUCACAACAACGAAACCGACUUCAAACCGAUCCAAGCUAUAUCGUUAUUACCAAUGACACACAAUCGGUUGGUUUCGGUUACAGCUACACCAACAAAACAGACUCCAGAACGAUCCAAGCUAUUACGUUAUUACCAAUGACAAACAAUCGCUCGGUUUCGGUUGCAGUCACACCAACGAAACCGACUUCAAACCGAUCCAAGCUAUUACGUUACUACCAAUGAUAAACAAUCGGUCGGUUUGGAGUCGGUUUCGGUUGCAGUCACACCAGCGAACCCGGCUUCAAACCGAUCCAAGAUCGUUAUUACCAUUGACAUACUAUCGGUCGGUUUGGAGCCUAUUCUGUUGGUGUGACUGUAACUUAAAUUUGCCCUCAAGAGCAUCAGCUGGAAAUCGAAGGAGGAGUUGCCUGUGCGAAAGAGUAAUUAAAAUUUUCCGAUAGAAGGCUAGAAAAAGAUUCGGAUCUGAUUUAUUUUCUGCCUUAUGAAGAAAAGUUAUUGUAUACUUGUUAUUCUCUUGUAUAGAAUGUUCACCUAUAUAUCUUGCUGCAUCUAGUUGGCGUCGUUUUAAAGUCGCUGUUUCGUCACUAGUCAUAUUUGUGACACGUUUCAAUUGAACAUGAUUUCAAGUAAUGUCACUGAUCGUUCAAUGGAUGUGUGGUAACCGAACUGUUCAAUGAUCUACCCAACAAAACUUGGAUGGAAGCUGACAGGACUACAGCGUAGAUCACUCGAAAGAUAUGUCAGAUGUGUUUUAUAUUAUUGAUUGAUGACUUGUUUUUUGGUGUUGAUUUGUGCAACUUCAUAUAUUUCAUUGUAGAUACAUUAUAUUGACGACUAACAAUGACUCUUCAAUACGACAAUUGCAUUGCUAUAGCUACAUGACUUAAGAUGUAGCAGUGAUGAAACUCGCUGUCAGGUACGCCAACUUAUCGUAUGUCUACAUGCCUAUAAUAGGGCCAUGUCCAGAUAGUUAAGACGCACUAUGUAGAAUCAUUCAGACACACGGUGGUCCAUGAUUCAUUUAAUUCAAACGAGCAAUUACAACAUUUAUACGAAAAAGGCGUUCUAUCUAUCAAUAGUCGUAUAUUCACUGGUCAAAUAUUGUUACGAAUGGAUGGGAGAUAAGAGUAUUUCUUAUUUUAACCUUUUGACAUCAACAGAGUAAUUUAGUACCAUUGUGUAUUUUUUCACGUCAGUGUACGGUAUCACUGCUCAAGUGU